CGGAACAGUAAUGAAACGCACCGCAAAUACUUCCUAAUAACACAGCUCGUCAAUUCAUUACAUUUAACGAACCAAAACGUUCCACUUCUUCUUGUAGCUUUGACAUAUGGUUUCAACCAUGAUUCCAUACACUGUCAAUAUUAAACUGGCUGCACGAACAUUGACCGGAACCCUUCAUUUACAGAACAAGACAGCAGUGGACUGGGGAUGGCAGGGACUGAUUGCUCAAGGCUGUCACUCAAAUAUCCUCAUCAUUGAUCCAAAAACAGCUCAGACCAUUCAGGUCCUGGAGAGACACAAAGCAAGUGUGGUAAAGGUAAAAUGGUCCAGAGAAAACUAUCACCACGGUCUCAGCUCACCCUACUCUCUGCGCCUGGCCUCUGCAGAUGCAGCAGGGAAGAUUAUUGUGUGGGAUGUGGUGAGUGGUAUGGCACACUGUGAGAUCCAGGAACACACGAAACCUAUUCAGGAUAUGGACUGGCUGUGGGCUCAGGAUGCGUCUCGUGAUCUUCUUCUGGCUGUCCACCCUCCCAACUAUAUUGUUCUGUGGAAUGGAGACACUGGCACCAAGCUGUGGAAGAAGAGCUAUGCUGAGAACAUCCUGUCUUUUUCCUUUGACCCCUUUGAGCCCUCCAAUCUGGCAUUGCUGACCAGUGAGGGUAUAGUGUUUAUCACAGAUUUCUCACACUCUAAACCGCCGGGCAGUGGAGGUAAGAAGGUUUAUAUCGCCAGUCCUCAUUCCAGCCCUGCCCAUAGCAAACCUGCUGUGACUCAACCCACCGGUGCCAAAAAAGCCCUCAAUAAGGUCAAAGUGCUCAUCACCAAUGAGAAACCCACGGCUGAAGCAGUGACUCUUAAUGACUGUCUCCAGCUGUCAUAUCUGCCAUCUAAGAGGAAUCACAUGUUGCUGUUAUACCCCAGAGAGAUCCUCAUCCUAGACUUGGAGCUCAGUCAGACCGUUGGAGUGGUUGCCAUUGAGCGCUCUGGCGUGCCAUUUAUACAGGUGAUUCCUUGUGCCCAGAGAGAUGCUCUUUACUGCCUCCACGAGAAUGGUUGCGUCACACUGCGUGUGUGCCGUUCCACAACACCUUCUCCUAAUGAAACAGUGAAUGAUCCAGAGCAGAAUCUACAAGAGUUGGUAUACGAUCUCCGCUCCCAGUGUGACGCCAUCCGUGUGACUAAGACAGUGCGGCCCUAUCGAGUGGUGAUCUGUCCUGUCAAUGAGAACAGUGCCGCCCUGGUAGUCAGUGAUGGAAGGGUAAUGCUGUGGGAGCUCAAAGCUCAUGCCAGUAAACCUUCAUCCAGCCUGAGUUCUGGCUGGCCUCCUUUGUAUUCUCCUGUGAAUUUCUGUGGGACACCUUUACAUCAGAAUCAAAAAUGCAUCCCGGAUCUUUCUUUGAAUACGAUGAUAGGUCACUGUCUGAUUUCUGGAGUGGACUCCCCACGACCUCUGGCAGGUCAACAGGAAGUACAUCUGAAGUUCAUGUUGACAGGCCUGCUGUCUGGCCUGCCCUUGCCCCCAUUCUCCCUACGGAUGUGCCCUCCACUUACCACCAAGAACAUCAACCACUACCAGCCCUUACUGGCUGUGGGUACAAGCAAUGGCUCUGUGCUGGUGUACAACUUGACCAGUGGCCUCCUGCACAAAGAGCUAAGUGUCCAUUCCUGUGAAGUCAGAGGAAUUGAAUGGGUUAGUUUGACUAGUUUUCUGUCCUUCGCCACCUCUGUUCCCAACAACCUUGGGCUUGUGAGGAAUGAACUGCAGCAUGUGGACUUGCGCACAGGGCGGUGCUUUGCAUUUCGAGGUGAGCGUGGGAACGAUGAACCAGCCAUUGAAAUGAUUAAAGUGUCACAUCUGAAGCAGUACCUGGUGGUGGUGUUCAGAGAUAAACCUCUGGAACUCUGGGAUGUCCGCACAGGAACCCUGCUGCGUGAGAUGGCCAAGAACUUCCCUACUGUCACUGCCCUGGAGUGGUCUCCUUCGCAUAACCUUAAAAGUCUGAAGAAAAAGCAUCUAGCUGCACGAGAGGCCAUGGCCAGACAGACCACCCUCGCUGAUGCUGAACAGAGCAGUGUAGAGUCCUCUGUUAUCAGUCUGUUGCAGGAUGCUGAGAGUAAAUCUGAAAUGAGUCAGGGCAUAUCAGCUCGAGAACACUUUGUGUUUACUGACACAGAUGGACAGGUCUAUCACAUCACUGUGGAAGGCAACACCGUGAAGGAUGGGGCACGUAUUCCACCUGAUGGCAGUAUGGGGAGUAUUGCCUGUAUUGCAUGGAAAGGAGACACCCUAGUUCUGGGAGAUGUAGAUGGAAACCUCAAUUUUUGGGACCUAAAAGCUCGUCUUUCAAGGGCUGUACCUACACACCGCGGGUGGGUGAAGAAGAUUCGUUUUGCUCCUGGGAAAGGCAACCAAAAACUCUUGGUGAUGUACACAGAUGGAGCUGAGGUCUGGGAUACCAAAGAGGUGCAGAUGGUGAGCAGCAUCAGAGUGGGGCGGAAUGUGAAUUAUAGGAUUCUGGAUAUUGACUGGUGUACAUCAGAUAAAGUGGUGCUGGCAUCAGAUGAUGGCUGCGUGAGAGUGCUGGAGAUGGCCAUGAAGUCUGCCAGUUAUAGAAUGGAUGAGCAGGACCUGACAGAUUCAGUAUGGUGUCCCUAUCUCCUAUUGCCACGUGCUGCUCUUACACUGAAGGCCUUCCUGAUACUGCAGCCAUGGUCCAAUACAUUCACCAUGGACAUUACUCAUGUAGACUACGAAGAAAAAAAUGAAAUCAAGGGACUGAUCCAGGAACAGCUCAACUCUCUUUCGAAUGACAUCAAAAGUGUUCUCCAAGAUCCAAAUCUGAACUUGCUACAACGCUGCCUCCUUGUGUCUCGGUUUCAGCUGGAGCGUGUUCGUCUACAAGAAGUGAAACGAUCCAGCUAUGAACACACUAAAAAGUGUGCUGACCAGCUCCUGCUGUUGGGACAGACGGACCGUGCAGUGCAGUUGCUUUUGGAGACCAGUGCAGAUAACUCCAGCUACUACUGUGACUCUCUCAAAGCCUGUCUGGUUACAACCAUCACCUCAUCCGGCCCGUCUCAGAGCACCAUUAAACUGGUGGCCACAAACAUGAUUGCCAAUGGCAAACUGGCAGAGGGUGUGCAGUUGCUCUGCCUGAUCGACAAAGCAGCGGAUGCUUGUCGUUAUCUGCAGACGUAUGGAGAGUGGAACCGUGCUGCCUGGCUGGCAAAGCUUGACAGCAUGAGAUAUUUCGACCGUGCUGCACUCUUUAUUGAAGCCUGCUUGAAAUAUGGUGUGAUGGAGACAAAUGACGACAUUAAUAAGUUUAUAGGUGCGGCCUUUGUGGACUACGCUAAGAUGCUUCGCUCCAUCGGGCUGAAACAGGGUGCUGUGCUAUGGGCGUCUCGAGCUGGAGAGGCGGGAAAGGAGCUGCUGGAUGAGCUGUCCCAAACAGAGGGUAUGGGGCUAGAGUCCAGCCCUAGUGAGGAGGAAGUGGAUAACUCUCUAGGGAAUAUAGAAUGACUUGCCCCAAGUACACCAUGGGGGAAAGGAGAGAAUGUGUAAAGAAAAACUUAAAUAAAGAUGCAGCAUGAUAUCUUCAAAACUCGCUCCCAUAAGCUUAUAGCAUGCAGGUAGUUGAGAAACACAAACAUCUUUUCAUUCAAAUUAUUUGUCUGGAUUCUUGGUUAUCUUUUAAAAUUCUCUGCUGGUUGUGAGAUGUGUUGUACCCCAAGACAUUCCCUUAGCACCUGUUAUCCUGCUGUAAUGUAUUCCAAACCUGUUCUUGCACUUUAUCAACUAAACAUCGUCAUAGUGAAUUAAAACAAUCUAAAAUAAUAAUGAUAAUAAUGAACAAAAAUACAUUUUGAAAAUCUGUAAAAUUAGUUUAUACGUGUUUGACAUGAAAUAUGCUUAAGAUUUCAAAUUAGGGAAUAAUUUAAAUAUAUAAUUUCAAGAUAAAAAUAUAGAAAAGAAAUGGAUGAUGUGUUAAAGGAUGAAUCUCAUGAAACAUGUCCAGUUUCACCCCAAAAUCAAAAAAAAAAUGUUAUAUUAAAUGAUUGACAGUAUUGUGAAAAUAUGAUUAUAGGAAUACAAAUUUUAGAGGGUUAUUGAUUUCUACUCUCUCAGGAAAAAAAAAACUUUAGGUACAACACCUUAUCACUGGAGCAUCUUUAUACC